AAGAGCCUUAGCCAUAAAGGUAACCUCGCAGACGCAUUUCUCUGAAUUCUAAAUAUUUUAAUUUAAUUUCCAAAUCGCCCACCACAGCACACAACACUGUUGCUAGGAUACAUCAAAUACUCGACUCCCUCGGUUGCACACACCAGCUAGUAAAGUUAGUACUGCUUCCCCUCUAACAUGAAGUCUUAAAUUAUCCGUUUUCUUCUUGGCCUGCGUCCACGAGUGGACCGAGUUUCAGUAAGUCAUCCGCUUGGACACGUCGCUAAGGGUUUUUCAUUAAGUUUCCUCUAGCCAUGCCAUACUUUAAAACAGCUCAAAGAAAGCAGCCACUGUCAGAAUUGUUGGAUAUUAAGUCACAGAAAUGUGGACUUCGUCACACAGUGUUCUCUGUCAGUGGAAAUGAAUACACUGGAGAGUGGAAGGAUGAUAAGAAGCAUGGCAAGGGGACUCAGAUUUGGAAGAAGUCUGGUGCCAUUUAUGAAGGAGAGUGGAAAUUUGGAAAACGUGAUGGAUAUGGUACCUACAGUGUGGGUCUCCCGGAAAGGAAGGCACAUACAAGGAAGUACUGUGGUGAAUGGAAGAAUGGAAAGAAGCAUGGAUAUGGGACCUACUUCUACAAUAACUCAGCAGUUUAUGAGGGGGAGUGGAGCGAGGACCUUCGUAGUGGUUGGGGAAGGAUGUACUAUGAGAAUGGAGACAUCUAUGAGGGAGAGUGGAUGAAAGAUAAGAAUCAUGGACAAGGCAUCAUCCGAUUUGCUAAUGGAAACUGGCACGAAGGCACUUGGAAAGAUGGCUUGAGGAAUGGGAAUGGAAAGUUCUACUAUUCUGACAUAGGCCAGCUUUAUGAAGGCUUUUGGGUGGAUGGAGUGGCAAAAUGUGGUACCCUGUCUGAUUUUGGAAGAGAUGAGGCACCAACACCAACAAAAUAUCCAAUUCCACAGGUGGAACUGGUGGAUAUGCAGCUGGUUUUAAGGAAAGCCCAGUCAGCCUACCUUGACCAGUGUUGAAGAACAUGAAGAACACAAGGAAGAUCCAAAGCAAGUUUCCACUCUGCCCACACACUCACUGAAGGGGAAUAAACAAAUGAAAUAUUAUUAAACAUGUUGAAUUUUCUCCGGAUACCUGUUCUCACCUUGGAUGCACCAAAAACAUUUACAUUUUCAAUACUUUAGAUGAACUAAAAUAGAAGGUAGUGUGUUGAACAAACAUACGGUCAGGAGAGACACAGUAAACAAACACAACACCUGCCAUGAUGACAAAAGGCUUGCCGCUAACUCUCAUAUCUGCAGAAUACAAUUUUUAUUGUUCCUGAAAAAUCAUUAAACAAAUGUAUGAAGGAUAAAGCUAAUUAAAUAACUGUUAGCAGUACAGUGAAUCUGUUUUAUUUAGUUGAAAAAACUUAGCUUUUUGAAAAUAUUAGUAUGGCUAAUCCAAAUAGAUUUAGGCCUACUGAUAUGUAUUAGACUUUGAUUUAUUUUCUGUUUGCAGCAGUCUUCAAUUACCAUGGAGUGAAAUUCCCGACAGAAGAGCUAUUCAUUAAUUGUGCUUCAUUUUAAGUAGCUAUAUACUUAAAGAGCUCAAAUCUUGAUUUUUACUUGCUUAUGAUGGAAUAUUUGUUCUAAAUCCCAUGACCUUUACCUUCCAGUAUUCUAAGACCUCUAUUACAGACUGCUAACUCAGAUUGUUGAGAAUGAAACAGAAGCUAAAUUGUGUUGA